CUGCGGCCGCUGAUAAAUACAGAGGGAGGCCGGCGUGUGGCAGGCAGUUUGCAUAUCUACUAGGUAGUGAGAGGAUAUAGUUGCGUUGAGAUCGUACAUCUGUAAAUAUUGUUAGUAUUUCUAUUCACGUUCUGAUUUGUGCCAGGAAGGCAGCGAGAUGGUUCGGGAAACCGGUUACUAUGACAUUCUGGGUGUGAAGCCCACUGCUUCUCCUGAUGAGAUCAAAAAAGCCUAUAGAAAGCUGGCUUUGAAGUAUCACCCGGACAAAAACCCAAAUGAGGGCGAGAAGUUUAAACAUAUAUCUCAAGCCUAUGAAGUUCUGUCUGACCCAAAGAAGAGAGAUCUUUAUGACCAAGGUGGAGAACAAGCUAUCAAGGAAGGUGGAAUGGGUAGCAGUGGUUUCUCUUCACCUAUGGACAUCUUCAACAUGUUCUUUGGUGGGGGAAGCAGAAUGAACCGAGAGAGAAGAGGAAAAAAUGUAGUUCACCAGUUAACUGUGUCCUUGGAAGAAAUGUACAAUGGUGCCACAAGAAAACUUGCUUUACAAAAGAAUGUCAUCUGUGAGAAAUGUGAAGGCUAUGGUGGCAAAAAGGGAGCUCUGGAAAAGUGCUCAAACUGUAAAGGGAAAGGGGUUCAGAUCCAUGUACAGCAGAUUGGACCGGGCAUGAUUCAGCAGAUCCAGACAAUGUGUGGGGAAUGCCAAGGCCAGGGUGAAAGAUUCAACUCCAAGGACAGGUGUAAAACUUGCAAUGGUCAGAAAGUUGAAAGGAAGAAGAAAAUACUUGAAGUUCACAUUGAUAAAGGUAUGAAAGAUGGUCAAAAAAUUACAUUCCAUGGUGAGGGUGAUCAGGAACCAUCGCUGGAACCGGGAGAUGUGAUCAUUGUCCUUGAUCAAAAACAGCACCCUGUUUUUCAAAGACAGGAUGAUAACCUUGUUACGAAAAUGGAAAUUCAGCUAGUUGAUGCUCUUUGCGGAUUCAGAAAGACUUUGACAACUCUAGAUAACAGAACACUGGUUAUAUCAUCUUCACCAGGAAAUGUUAUAAAUCAUGGUGAUGUGAAAAGUGUGAACAAUGAAGGCAUGCCCAUAUACAGAAAUCCAUUUGAAAAGGGACAACUCAUCAUACAGUUUUUGGUUAAAUUUCCAGAAAAUGGCUGGCUGCCAACAAAAAUGUUGCCAAGGCUAGAAGCUUUACUUCCUCCAAGGGAAUCAUCCAUGAUAACUGAUGACAUGGAGGAGGUUGAAUUAACAGAUUUUGACCAAUCUGAACAGCGUAGAAGAUAUUCUGAUGAAGGGGAUGAUGAAUAUGAAGGGACAAGGGCAGGUGGUGUCCAGUGCCAGACACAAUAAAAACUUUUCCUCUCAAUGUACUGAAAUGUGUGUAUUAUGUAUUUCCAAUGAUGAAGUUGCUUGCUCAUAGAAAAUUUAUGGACCUUGUAUAUUGCUGAUACGGUUGGUUAAAAAAAAAAAACUUAAUAUUUAUGGACAGUUGAAAGCAGGAAGUGUGUGCGUUAUGGAUUUAAAACUGCCAGAAAUUAUAGGAGAGCAGUUAAACAUUAACCAUAGGUAUGCCACCCCAACCUAAAUAUGAAACAAUAUGUAAGCAAAUUAUUCCUAGACUACAAUUGGCAUUGAGAAUCCUAGCAGCAGGAUUAUAAUGCUGCUUGAGGGAAUUGUGAUACGGUCAGCAACAAGGGAUUAAUUGGCUGCCUGUUCAUGCCCUAAAAAUCGAAAGGAUUCUUAACGGAGAAAAUGUCAGUACUAGUGUGUGUGGUGGUUUUUUUUUUUUCUUUCUUCACUUAAAUGUUUAGUUGCAAAUGCGACUUCAUUUACACCCUGAAACAGCCUUUACAAGACUGAGUAGCCUUUUUUUCCCCCUUUCCAGUCAAAACUUGCACUACUUAAAAUUGUUUGGUUACACUGUAAAUACCAAUGUAUUUCGGAAACAUAUGUACAUAAAAGUGAUCUUUUUUGUUCUCUGAAAAUUGGUUUUCUUUGUCAUUCUUUAUUUUGACUGCUGUAAAUGGAACACACUUGUAUAGCUGUUUUAAUGCGAUGUUUUUCAUUGUUAAAUAUAUUUUUAUAACUUAAUCUGUGCAUU